CUCUGGGUAAAAUUAGUACACUGCAGGAAGUCMGUCUGGUUUGUGAAACAGAACUCAAAAAAAGGAAAGAAAGGAAAAACUCAAGCGGAUAUUAWUAUUUAUAAAAACACCUCACCCGGCUAACAGAUAAUGGGUUCUCUUCGAAAGAAGCUGGUAAUUGUUGGGGAUGGCGCUUGCGGGAAAACGUGUCUUUUGAUCGUCUUCAGUAAAGACCAGUUUCCUGAGGUCUACGUCCCAACAGUGUUCGAGAACUACAUCGCCGAUAUUGAGGUUGAUGGAAAACAGGUGGAGCUGGCAUUGUGGGAUACUGCAGGUCAAGAGGACUAUGAUAGACUGAGACCACUCUCCUACCCCGACACGGACGUUAUCCUUAUGUGCUUUUCCAUAGACAGUCCAGACAGCUUAGCAAAUAUUCCUGAAAAGUGGACACCUGAGGUGAAACACUUCUGUCCCAACGUUCCCAUCAUCCUCGUGGGGAAUAAGAAGGACCUGAGGAAUGACGAACACACACGGAGAGAGCUGAUGAAGAUGAAGCAGGAGCCGGUGAGGCCAGAGGAAGGAAGAGACAUGGCCGGCAGGAUCAGUGCUUUCGGCUACCUGGAGUGUUCUGCCAAGACGAAGGAUGGUGUGCGAGAAGUGUUCGAGUUGGCAACUCGAGCGGCGCUGCAGGUUCGCAAGUCGAGGACAGGAAAAGGCUGCACUCUGCUGUGAGCUGUCCACAUCCCAACACCAUGAAUUCAACACACAAAAAGGACUGACUUGUUACCAAAUUCUUCUUUGUACUGUAUCUUACAAGUCACAAAAAAAAAACAAGCAGAUUCGUGAAUACUAACAAAUCCACAGGUAAAGGACUUGUCUAGAUCGUUACAUUGGUGUUCAGAGCUUCGUAUUGAUUUGAGUGUUUUGUUUUUGACACGUUUUAUUUCCCCAACUUGUUUUUUCUUUAUUUGUAAAGUCACAGGUGCACUAUGAAUCCCAAACUGUUCUCACCAGAUUAAACUCUGCAUCCUUAACUUUUUUGUUUUUGCUUUCAUGAAUUUUUUGUGUAAACAAACCAGCUUUGUCUCACACUUGAUGAUUGUCUUAAAAAGUGAAAAUAUAAAAAAGGAAUAACCAGCACUUCAAAAAAUACAUGUUUUAAUAAGUGCAGAAAACAGGACACGUUUCAAGCUGAGGAAGGCAUGUAGCUGAAACACGUCCUGUUUUCUGCCCUUAUUAAAACAUAUUAGGAUUUUUUGGAGUGCUAGUUAUUCCAUUUUUGUGAUUUCCUCAGUACCKAUCACCCAUUUACUCUCUUUUUUUGUACUGGAGUUGUGCACACUACUUUUUUCUUUAACAAGUGAAUAUACAAUUUGGACACGUGUUUUUUUAAUGCAAACAUCCAGCUGCAGUAUCAUCAGCUGAUAUGGCCUUUACAAACCCAAAUCAUUAAACAUAUUCAUACACUAGUAGUCAGGAUCAAUGGGAAAAUGUCUGCACUGAAAAUGAUCACAACUAAGUUCAACUCUUUUUUUUUUCCCUGUUCAGCUGUUGUCAAGCUGUUUGAGCAGUUACCAUUAAAACACAACUUGUUGCAAGUUUCUAGUAAGGUGGCAUUCUUUACAUGUCAGAGGAGCCGAGAUUAUUUGUUUGUUUGUUUGGAUAACCUUUGGCUUUUCCCUCCCAAACCAGACUGACAGGCUGCUUUUUGGAAAUUUGAUACCAACUUUCAAAUUAAAGAGUAAUUUUCUCAACGUA